AUGGCGUCGCCGUCGAUCACCGUUUUCUCUCUCCUCCUCCUCCUCCUCCCUCUCUCCUCCGCCCUCCCCUCCCACAGCGUCCUCAACGCCGCCGAGAUCCUCGCCGAUUCCGGCUUCCUCUCCAUGGCUCUCACUCUCGAGGUCGUCUCCCAGUCCCUCGUCCCCAAAUCGCCGUCUCUCACCAUCUUCGCGCCGCCGGACUCCGCCUUCAAGCGCGCCGGCCAGCCCUCCCUCUCCCUCCUUCAACUCCACUUCGCGCCUCUCGCUCUCCCCCUCCAAACCCUAACCUCCCUCCCCGCCGGUACCAAAAUCCCGACGCUCCAGUCCGGGAACUCACUCGUCGUCACCUCGCCGCCGUCCGGCGCCGAAAUCUCCCUCAACGGCGUCCGCGUCACCACCGCCGCCUCGCCGAUCUACGACGACGGCUUCCUCAUCAUCCUCGGAGUCGAGGACUUCUUCGACCCGAAGUUUCAGUUCCAGGCGGCCGCCCCGCCCCGAAUUCCUGCUCCGGGUCAGAAAUGCGGGUCGGAUUCUUCAAACGGUACCGGGUUUCCGGGGGCUUCUUGGUUCCAAGGAGCCAAAGGCGCGAUGAGGUCCAACGGAUACACCGUGAUGGCUUCGUUGCUUGAUCUGCAACUCAUGGGGUUCAAGAACCCUCCGACUUCGUUGACCGUCUUUGCUCCCGUUGACCAAUCGGUGGAGAAUCCUCUGCUGGACCCCUCGGUCUUUCUACGACACGUCGUUCCCUGUCGUCUGGCCUGGUCCGAUCUGGUGAAUCUCACCGAAGGGACGGCGCUUCCUACCUACCUGGACGGCUUCACCAUCAGAAUCUCCAGAUCCGGCGACGUUUUGCUGCUCAACGGUGCUCCGGUGUACUUUGCCAACAUGUACUACGGCGAUUCCGUCGUGGUUCACGGCCUUCAGGAGAGCCUUGUGAUGCCGGAAGAGGCAGCUGCAGGUGAGUCUUCACCGGAAGAAGGUGGGAGUGACUCACUGGAUGACGAGAGUGAAUUCUGA